ACAAAAAAAGAUGACAUUCUUCAGGCUGUGCAUUGUCCUCAAUUUGGUUCUUGCAGUUUAUUGCAUUCCUGUAUCACAGAUUCCCACAGAAGAUGAGAGUCUGGCAGAGGGUUACCUGAAGAAGUUCUUCAAUCUUACGGAGGAGAGUGGCCCUCCGUCCAGACGGGGGAUCAAUCCGCUGAGUCGGCGUCUGAGUGAGAUGCAAAGAUUCUUUGGUUUACAAAUCACAGGCACGCUGGAUGCGGACACCUUGGAGAUGAUGAAGAAGCCUCGCUGUGGCGUUCCUGACAAUCAUUUUGCCAGAUUCUCCAUCUUUGGAAACAACCUCAAGUGGCAGAAAAAUAGUCUGACAUACAGGAUAGAGAACUACACACCAGAUAUGUCCCAGUCAGAGGUGGAUGAUUCCAUAGUAAAAGCUCUGGACGUUUGGGCCAAAGUGACUCCUCUUAGAUUCACUCGACUCUACAGCGGCACAGCAGACAUCAUGAUCUCCUUUGGUCGACGAUCACAUGGCGAUUAUUACCCCUUUGACGGCCGUGAUGGAACCCUGGCCCACGCUUUCGCUCCGGCGCCUGGCAUUGGAGGAGACGCCCACUUUGAUGAUGAUGAGACCUUCACCUUCCGCUCAAAUUCUGGAUAUGUUCUCUUCAUGGUAGCAGCCCAUGAGUUUGGUCACUCCCUCGGCUUGUCUCAUUCUGAUGACCCCGGUGCCCUCAUGUACCCCAUGUACUCGUACAGAAACCCAGACACUUUUCUUCUGCCCCAAGAUGAUGUCAAAGGCAUCCAAUCUCUUUAUAGUCCAAAUACGGAUCCUCAAAAGCCUGGACCUACACCCCCCACCACCCCUGAUGCUUGCGACUCAACCAUGGUUUUAGACGCUGUAGCCACCCUGCGUGGAGAGAUGCUCUUCUUCAAAGACAGUUUCUUCUGGCGAAGCUACCCUCAGAGCAGAUCGCCUCAGCAAAGUCUCAUGACGAGUUUUUGGCCCAACGCUCCUGCCAACAUCGACGCUGCUUACGAGAGUCAGCGGUCAGACAAAAUCUACAUCUUCAAAGACCGUCAAGUGUGGGCUUUCUCUGGCUACGAUCUGGUCCGAGGGUAUCCCAAAACACUCAGCAGCUUUGGUCUGCCAAGAAGUGUGGGGAAAAUCGAUGCAGCUUUAUAUGAUGUGCAAUCAAGAAAAACUCUGUUUUUUGUCGGCAGUAAUUACUACAGUUUUGAUGAGGCUGCGAAUAGUGUGGACUAUGGGUUCCCCAAACUUAUUCAUCAGACCUUUUCUGGCCUGAAUAAAGUGACGGCAGCUUUCCAGUAUCGAGGUUUCACGUACAUCUACAGCGGGCCCUACAUGUUUGAGUACGACUUGAGGACCGGGAGAUUGUUCCGCGUGCUGAGGAACAGCUACUUCCUGCGCUGCACUAUCCGCUGGCCUAACACCAUCGACAACCAAGAACUGUGGCAAUGCACCGACCAAAAACCAGUAGAGGAAGAGAUCCUCAAACGGCGUUGGCGAUGGAUAGGCCAUAUUGUCCUUAAACCAGCCUCAAACACCACAAAGCAGUCCCUCAAGUGGAACCCCAAGGGAAAAAAAGGAGAGAUCAGCCAUGAAACACAUGAAGACGUAUUCUCUAUCUGCAGGACAAUAACUAUGGAAGCUCCAUGGACUGUCAAGGCUGUCAUCAUGAUAGUGACGAUAGCAGCGGGUACAGCUGUGCCUGCCAUCCUCGACAGCCAGGAAGAUGUCGCUAAAGCCCAGGAUUACCUUUCUCAGUAUUUCUCUGAAGUGGGCGUCAGUGAUGGUACCGGGACGUGGCGUAGUGGACUUGAUUCCUUCACAGACACUCUGAAAAUAAUGCAAGAGUUUUUUGGCCUGGAGGUGACAGGACAGCUGGACUCAAACACCAUGGAAGUGAUGUCUCGCCCUCGAUGUGGUUUCACAGACUUGGACAAAUACAAAUACGGCCACUUUGACGGUCAGCCCAAGUGGGAGAAGAACGUGAUCACUUACAGGAUAACGGACUACACGCCGGACUUGAGUGAAAGUUACGUGGAUGCUGCCCUUGCCAAAGCCCUGCAUGUCUACAGUUCUGUAACACCUUUGGAUUUCAAGCAGAUUACUAGCGGCACGGCCGACAUCAUGAUCAAGUUCAAGGCUGACAAUCAUGGAGACUUUGCUCCCUUUGAUGGUGAGGGUGGUGUCCUGGCGCACGCCUUUUCCCCUGGGGAGGGCAGAGGAGGCGACACCCAUUUUGAUGACGAUGAACUCUGGACUCUAACCUCAUCAGGAUCUAACCUUUUCUUGGUGGCAGCCCAUGAGUUUGGCCAUGCGCUUGGAUUGUCACACUCCAAGAUUCCAACAUCUCUCAUGUACCCCACCUACCAGUACACCGACACAGAUGGCUAUGUGCUACCAGACGAUGACACGCAAGGAGUGCAGGCACUCUACGGAGUCAGAUCGUCAUCGCAACCAACAGUUAAUCCUGAACCGCAACCUGAAUCAGAGGCUGAACCUUCUCCAAAACCUGUUCCGGACAGGUGCAGCAGUAAUUUGGUUUUUGAUGCUGCAACCUCCAUAAACAAUUAUCUUUAUUUCUUCAAAGACGGCUAUUUUUGGAAGAGGAGCAGCAACUGGGAUGGCGUCACCACAAGGAAAAUAAGUUCCAUCUGGCCUGGAAUUAACAAAGUGGACGCUGCGUACGAGUACAAGAGACGCAACAUUGUUGUACUAUUUGAAGGGAACCGCUACUGGCAGGUCCGAAGAAACAGCGUUUUACCUGGUUUCCCUAAACCUCUCAGCGACUUGGGCUUUCCUUCAUCAGUCACCAAGGUCGAUGCUGCCGUCCAUGUAACGUUUUUGGGAAGAACCCUUUUUUUUGUGGAGAACAAGUACUGGAGUUACAGUGAACGGAGAGGACGAAUGGAUCGUAGGAACCCAAAACUUAUUCGCACAGAGAUUCCUGGGAUUGGCUACAGAGUUGAUGCCGUCUUUGAGAACAGAGGGUACCUGUACUUUUCCUAUGGACCCAGGCAGACACAGUACUUUUAUAUGAAAAGGAGAGCAGUUCGUAUUCUGAAAAACAACGACUGGAUGGAUUGCGAUUGAACUUCUUCACGCAUUAGUAUGCCUUUGAUUUACAGCAGUGCCGGUGUUCUGACGAAUCAGGCUGCUUCGUCAAAAAGAGCUUCCCAACGCUACUGAGCAUGUGCAAGCAUGCGCACGCAUGUGCAUCAAAGCUAAAGUUUUCCUUGAAAAAAAUUCCAUCCAUCCAUUUUUCUACCGCUUGUCCCUCUCAAAACUAGUUUAUGUAGACUUUGUGCAGACUUACCUUGUGUAGACUGUGUCACUUGCGCUACAAGUAACUGAUUCUUUGAAAUGGUAUUUCUUUCACUGUGUUUUCUGACCAGCAUGUGGACACUUACAGAAUGAGGAAAAGUACAUUGAGACAAAUAAUAGUAACCUACAUUUCUCUUUUUCAUCACCGUUAUUUAAACAGGAAUAGCUACUGAUAGCUGUUUUUGCCAAAGCAGCUCGAUUCAACAGAACACCAUUUUGUUCUUUGAUAUUACUCACAUUUGAUUUUAUAAGUCCCGCACUGCAAGGCUCCAAAUGUCACUACUUAUUUAAAUGGUCAAACCAGGGAAGUAAUUUGGUUCCCUUACCAUGAAUUGAUUACGUGGACCCCGAUAUUAAACAAGUUCAAAAACGUAUUCGGGUGUUACCAUUUAGUGGUCAAUUGUACGGAAUAUGUGCUGUACUGUGCAAUCUACUAAAAAAGUUUCAAGCAAUCAAUCAAAAAGCCUACUAUAGGGUUAUAAGGCACUUUGUAGUUUGUUUUUUUUUUUUUUUGCCAAUCCUAACCCUAGAGUGUUUAUUGUAAAUAUCUAUGAGUUCUGAUUUGUAUCCAUUUAUGCGGUCCAAGAAGGUCUUAAAUGAACCCAAAUGGUUCCAGUGAUAAAUGAGGUGCCUAAAAAAGUCCCAAAUAGACCCAUGAAGCUUCAGAUUAUUUGGAUAAAUGUUCAACCUUUUGGAUGAUUGAGUACAUUUUGGGGAACUUGGGGAUCUUUAGCGGUAUUGUGGUCCUUUUUGUGGUACUUCUGGACCUUUGGGUAUAUUGCUUUGCUGGUGUGAAAAUCUUUUGCCAAAGUUAAUCUCUGACAUGUUAGAGACAUAUGAACCAUUUUGGGGACAGGUCUCCUGCUGGUGUCCAGAAUCAGGACCAAACAUGGUGAGGCUGUGUUUCAGUUUCACAAUCUGGAAUAGUAUUCCUGAAAAUGUGAGACAGGCAAUGUUGGCAAUGUUCAAAUCCUGGCUGAAAACAAUUGUAUUUAAUUGUGCAUAUGACAACUGAUAGUAUGUUAUCAACACUAUUUGAUUUUACUGUAAUUGAAAAGAUGAUAGUAUGAUGAUUUUAUUUUGUUUUUGAUAUGAAUUAUGUUUACUUUUACUUUUACUUAUUUCAUUUUCAGUUUUACCUUCUUGUAAUUUUCUGUACAGCACUUUGCAUUGCCUUUUGUACGAAUUGUGCUCUCUAAAUAAACGUGCCUUGCCUUGCUCA